GCUGAAGCAAGAGCAUUACCCAAACAAGUGAAGCACAUCGCAUCGCUGCAUUUGAACGUCGCACGCCUUCGCGUUACACGACCAACAACAUUGCAGCGAGGACUAUCGCUGCGGGCCACGCGUACGCUCGCGACAAAAAAUUUGGCUGCGAGCUCUCACAACAGUACAUUGCUGCGAGCACACGCGCAGCACCACAAACAGCAAGAAGCACAACAAAAACUACUCAAGAGGAUAAGAAAUGGCCGCAAACAACUUCACCGAAGCCACGUCGAAGACGCUGAACGCCGCCGUAGAGCUCGCGACGAGCAAAGGCCACGCCCUCGUCGAGCCGGCGCACGUCGCGGCGAAACUAUUCGCCAGCGGCGAGCUGGGCGACCGCGUCGCGAAGAAGGCCGGCGUCGACGCGGCCGCGCUGCGCGACCGCUUGGCCGCGGCCGUCGACGCGCGGCCGGCGCAGUCGCCGCGGCCGCCCUCGGCAUCGCCGUCCACCGAUUUGCGCAAGGCGCUGGAGAGCGCAGCUAAAAUAGCUGAAAAACAAGGCGACACCUUGAUUGCGCAAGACACGCUCGCGCUGGCGCUCUUCGACGACAGAAAAGUGAAACAAGCAGUAGGCGACGUCGCCGCGAUGCGCGAAGCGAUCAAGGCGAUGCGCUGCGGCCGCAAGGUCGACUCCGAGCACGCCGAGUCGUCGUUUGAUGCCUUGGAGAAGUACGGCUACGACCUCGUUGCGGCGGCGGCCGACGGCAAGAUCGAUCCCGUCGUGGGGCGGGACGACGAGAUCCGCCGCGCGGUCCAGAUUCUGGCGCGAAGAACUAAAAAUAACCCAUGCCUCGUGGGCGAGCCGGGCGUCGGCAAGACGGCCAUCGCCGAAGGGCUGGCUUUGCGCAUCGUCGAGGACGACGUGCCCGAGAGCCUCAGAGGCGUCGGCCUGCGGACGCUGGACCUCGGCGCGCUCGUGGCUGGAGCUAAAUAUAGAGGCGAGUUCGAAGAGAGGUUAAAGUCCGUGCUCGCGGAAGUGAAGGCCGCGCCGGCGCCGGGCGUCAUUCUGUUUAUUGAUGAAAUUCACACGGUGCUCGGCGCUGGAAAGACCGACGGCGCCAUGGACGCCGCGAACUUAUUGAAGCCACUCUUGGCCAGAGGUGAGCUGCGCGUCGUGGGCGCGACGACCUGCGACGAGUACCGCGAGCACGUCGAGAAGGACUCGGCCUUUGAAAGGCGCUUCCAGAAGGUGUCCGUCGGCGAACCGUCGGUCGACGCGACGGUGUCGAUUUUGAGAGGCCUCCGGGAGCGCUACGAGGCGCACCACGGCGUGUCCAUUCACGACGCUGCUCUUGUGUCCGCCGCCCAACUUGCGGGCCGCUACAUCACGGGCCGCUUCCUGCCUGAUAAGGCAAUUGACGUCGUCGACGAGGCCGCGGCCGCGCGGCGCGUCCAGCUCGACUCGAAGCCCGAGGAGCUCGACGCGCUUGAAAGACGCGCUGCCGCUUUAGAAGUCGAGGCCGUGUCGCUGAAGCGCGAGAAAGAUAAGGCGUCGAAGAAGCGCCUGUCGGAGGUGCAACAGCUCCUCGAGAAUCUGAGAGACGUGGAAAUUGCACCCUUACAGGCGCGCUGGGACGCGGAGCGCGCCAAAGCUGAUGAACACAAGGACGCGCAAGAAAAGCUCGAGCGCCUCAAGGCGAAGGCCGCGGCGGCGCGUAGACAAGGCGACUACGAACGGCUCGCCGACUUGGAGUACGGCGCGAUCCCCGAGCUCGAGAAAAAAUUACAACAGCUCGCCGAGAACGCCAUGGACGUCGACUCCGAGGACAAGAUGGUGUCAGAUGUUGUUACUGUGGAUGACGUCGCGGCCGUGGUCGCGCGCUGGACAGGCGUGCCCGUUUCUAAAUUAGCCGAGAGCGAGCGGUCCAAGCUACUCGCUUUGGCGCAUCGCCUGAAGGAACGGGUCGUGGGCCAGGACAAAGCAUUGGAAGACGUGUCCGCGGCGAUCGUGCGCGCCCGGGCUGGUUUAGCACGGCCCGACGCUCCGCUGGGCUCGUUUCUGUUUUGCGGGCCGACCGGAGUAGGAAAAACGGAAACGGCCAAGGCCCUGGCGUCGGAGCUGUUUGAUGACCCGAAGCAUGCUUUGGUGCGGCUCGACAUGAGCGAGUACUCGGAGGCGCACUCCGUCAGCCGCUUAGUCGGGGCUCCUCCCGGAUACGUGGGCCACGACAAGGGCGGGCAGCUCACGGAGGCCGUGCGCAAGCGGCCCUUCUGCGUCGUGCUGCUGGACGAGAUCGAGAAGGCCCACUCUGCCGUUAUUAGGGUGUUGUUACAGUUGCUCGACGACGGUAGGCUGACGGACUCGCGCGGCCGCGUCGUGGACUUCACCCAGUGCGUCGUUAUUAUGACUAGUAAUGUUGGAGCUACCGGCGACCUCCAGAACGCGUUGCGAGCUGCCUUCCCGCCGGAAUUCAUCAAUAGGCUGUCCUCCGUUUGUUCGUUCACGUCUCUGUCGAAGGCGAACCUGAGGCUCAUUGUGCACAAAGCCGUACGUGCAACGCGGGCGCGGCUCGCGGCGGCGGCGGACGCCGACCUACGCCUCAGUGAUACUGCGGCGGACCACAUCCUGAGAGAGAGCUACGACCCGGCCUACGGCGCGCGGCCCGUCGAGAGAUAUGUCGAGACCGUUUUGGUCACGGAAUUGUCGCGCCUGCUCCUCGGCGGAGGCGUCCCGAGAGGCUCGGUCGUCCACGUCGACCACGCCAUGGGCGAGCUGACCUACCUGGUCCGGACCACGUCCACGGCCGGCGGCUAGGGAGCUGCCACCCCAUGUCCCCUGUCCCCAGAGAGAGACCCAUUCCCUGGAUUUUGUGAAGCCCCGCCCCAAGUUCAUAAGAAACACGAAAAUCUA